AUGGUUAUUUAUAGCUUGCUAAAUUCUACUUUGAAAGUACAAGCCAAUCGCUGUUUUUUAUCUCUUUUUAGAUCGAAAAUCACAAAGAACUUGGUAAGAAGUAUGUCUAUGUCAAACAACGGCCCCUCCAAUAAAAUCUUCAACAAGAUUGAUGAAUUGAAACCCACUUUCAUCGAUAUCCUAGCUAAAGCUGUUGAAAUCCCUGCUGUCUCUUCUGAUGAAUCUCUAAGACCAAUGGUUGUUAAAAAGGCCCAUUUCUUAGUCGAACAAUUGAAUGAAUUAGGUUUCCAUGACGUUCAAUUGAAAGAGUUGGGUAUUCAACCACCGCCUGUUACUAAUUCAAAUCUGAAAUUACCACCAAUUGUCUUGGCUCGUUAUGGAUCUGAUCCAAAGAAGAAAACCGUCCUUGUAUAUGGUCAUUAUGACGUGCAACCUGCUUCCCUUGAAGAUGGUUGGGAUAGCGAACCAUUCAAAUUGACCGUUGAUGAAUCAAAACAAGUAUUGAAGGCAAGGGGCUCUUCUGAUGAUACUGGUCCUCUGUUGGGAUGGUUACAUGUGGUUAGAGCUCAUAGAGAUGCAGGUAUCGAAUUCCCUGUUAAUUUAAUCACUUGCUUCGAAGGUAUGGAAGAGUCUGGAUCCCUAGGUUUAGAUAAUUUGAUUGCUCAUGAAGCUGAAAAAUAUUUUAAAGGUGUCGAUACCGUUUGUAUUUCAGAUAAUUAUUGGUUGGGUACUAAGAAACCUGUUUUAACUUACGGUUUAAGAGGUUGUAACUAUUAUCAAAUUAUUGUCGAGGGCCCUGCUGCUGAUUUACAUUCAGGUAUGUUCGGUGGUAUCAUUGCUGAACCAAUGACCGAUUUAAUACAAAUUAUGAAUUCCUUGGUGGAUUCUAAGGGUAAAAUCCUGAUCAAAGGUAUCGAUGAAAUGGUUGCUCCUGUAACUGAAAAGGAAAUGGAAUUAUACGAAAAAAUCGAAUUUUCUCUUGAAGAGUUACAAGCCGCUAGUGGAUCUAAAACUGAAUUGUAUAAAAAGAAGGAAGAUAUUCUAAUGCAUAGAUGGAGAUACCCUUCAUUGUCUCUUCAUGGUAUCGAAGGUGCAUUUUCUUCUGCGGGUGCAAAAACUGUUAUCCCAGCUAAAGUUAAUGGUAAAUUCUCCAUUAGGACUGUACCAGAUAUGAAAUCUGAAAAAUUAACCCAAUUGGUUGUUGAUCAUUGUAAUUCAGUGUUCAAAUCAUUGAAUUCACCAAAUAGAUGUAAAACUGAAUUGAUUCAUGAUGGUGAUUACUGGGUAUCUGAUCCAUUCAACGCAUCUUUUUCUGCUGCAGCUAAAGCUACCAAAGAGGUUUAUGGUGUAGAACCAGAUUACACAAGAGAAGGUGGCUCUAUCCCAAUUACUUUAACUUUCGAAAAAGUGUUAAAGACAAGCGUCCUCUUAUUGCCAAUGGGUAGAGGUGAUGAUGGAGCUCAUUCCGUGAAUGAAAAAUUAGACAUCAGUAAUUAUAUUAAUGGUAUCAAACUGAUGGCAGCUUAUUUACAUAACUACGCUGAAUCACCUGAAAAUUAA